AUGGAACUAUUUGCAACAGCUGAUCAGGGGGGUUGCAUUUUGGACAUGUCCCAUCUGAAUUUGGAGAGUUUAAAUUUGGACACUGUCGGUGACGAACGGAGGAGAGUGACCCAACAACUCUACCUGUAUAACAACCGACUGACAGUGCUUCCCGCUUCGGUAUGUCUAUUCUCCAAACUGGAAGUUCUGGAUAUAAGCAACAAUGGAUUAACGGUUCUCUGUGAGGACAUUCAACGUUUGUCAAACCUCAAAACACUAAUAGCCAAGAACAACCGUUUGAACGAAUUUUCGUUCCCAAAGGAAUUUGGGUCCAUGCAGAUAGACACAUUGAACUUCAGUGGGAACAUAUUUGAAGAGGUGCCCAUUCAGUUUCUAAAACUGCAGCGAUUAAAAUAUCUGUCUCUUGGGGGUAACAGACUCAAAGCUAUCCCCGCAGAGAUAGAAAAUGUUACCAGGUAAGAUAGACAGACUACCGAUACAUUAUAGCGGUUAAUAGAGUUUUAACAAUGUAGGCUAAUGGUAUUUGUUACAACGCAACUAACUACCCACACUGUAGUACACCAUGGAAUUACCAUGUAAUCAUAGGUUUUAUAGCCACUUAAUAUAAAGGGGGACUUCUAACAAACAGCUAUCUGUAUACAGCUAUGCAUGACGAAGUGAGGUUGUUGAAACUUACAUGCGCUUUAAGCUUUUAAACUUCUGAGCUUCUAAGCUCUUAGCUUCUAAUAACCCAACGUUGGCACCCUUCCUGAUAAUAGCAUGCUCAUAAUAACCAUUAUGUAGUAGUAGUCUAGAAUAUUUAGCUCUGUUGCCGUCUUAAUGAAAUGACUGGGGCUCCAGAACUGCAGCCGUAAUUUCAUGGUGUGCAUGCAGGAACUAGAUAGUGAAGGUUAAGAUAACGGGCAAAUAAGUUAGCAUAAAAUCAAUACUGUUUCUGUAUUUACCUAGAUAGUUUUCACAUGAGCAUGUGGUUCCUGAUUAUGUCCUGCAUGAUGGUACAGGAGCCCAUAGUCUCCUCCAUCUUGUUGCUGCAUUGACACAUCUUUGGAGUCGGCUCAUCAGUGUGACUUAGCCUGUCUGGCUGGCUGUGUGCCAUGUUACAAAACCAGGUCAUUUGACAUAUUGCCUUGCCCCAGUGGGGAACUGGCACCGUGAGAGGAAAAUGGGGGUUUAGGAUUUGUAACAGAGUGAAUAAUGUAUAGAAUAAAGACAGGAUGAAAAGGUCCAUUGGACACCACCCAAAAGCCUAUAGCAGUUUCAGACUGUAUUGUAGCUAAGUUAGCAGCUGUGCUUUGCACCAUAAGGCCUCCCCUCUUGACCUUUAUCAUAGGAUUCUCUCUCUCGCUCUCACUCUCUCUCUCUCUAAAAAGAGAAGACAUUUUACAAUCAGGGUUCUUUUUACAAUCAUCUCUUCUCUUCUUCUGUAUAUCUUCCAUUGACAUAAAAUUGUCAAACACUGGAUUUAAAUUCUUAGCUAACAUUUUUCCACUGUAUGUUGUGAUUUUAAGAAUAAAAGUAGCCCAGACUUCAAUCAUCCUUGUAACACUAAACAAUUCAAUGGUACAUAGAAGUGAAUGUACAGAUAUUAUAUCUUAAUUUGACCAGUUUCUCACAGCAGGUGUUUUUAAACCUUGGAUACACUACACGUUUGCAUUUCCUGCUGUGCAGGAAAAUUCUCUGUGACAAUACAGUUGUAUGAUCUUAAUUUGAACACUCUUUUGUUGCUGUGAACUUUCCUGCAUAGCAGGACAUACAAACUUGUAAUGUAUUCAAGGUUUGAAAAGGCUUCUAAAAUUUGUCAAUUCCAAUGUAAGAUGUCAGACUUGAUUUGCCCUAAUGCAAAAUGUAUCAACCCAUAAAAACAAUGUAUAUUAAUUAUAAUCCACAUAUUAAUUCACCUUUCCUGUUGCUGCAGGAUUAUUUUUAUGCUGUAUGAACUGGUUCAAAUUAAGAUCCUAUAUCUGUAUGUUAAUUUGGCAAUGUUCUCUGUCAUUCCAAGUGUGAAGAAAAACACUUUUCUCUGUUUUGAUGCAGUCUGGAGAUGCUUUAUUUGGGUGGGAACCUCAUCACCUCCAUCCCCCCAGAGCUGGCCAGCCUUCGCAGUCUCAGAUACUUGGUCCUUUGUGACAACCAGAUACAGAGUGUACCGCCCCAACUCACCAGGUGAGGGCCAUCCAACACUGACUUUACAUAAUGUGAAAGUUAGUAGCUCGCUCAUGUGACCGACUGUUUAAAAUAAAAAAAAUUGGGUUUCCUUUGUGUCAUAAGACUGUGUUAGCCUCCUGAGCUAAAGUCAUGAUUCACGGUCAUGUCUGAAUAUGUCUGGUUGUAGACUCUACUCCCUGCGCUGCCUCAGUCUCCAUAACAACCUGCUCACCUACCUACCGCGGGAGAUCCUCAGCCUGGUGCACCUGCAGGAGCUCAGUCUCCGCGGCAACCCCCUGGUGGUCCGCUUCAUCAAGGAUAUGACUUACGACCCUCCCUCCCUGUUGGAGCUGGCUGGACGGACCAUCAAGUCCCGCAACCUGCCCUACCACCCCAAUUACCUGCCUGGAAAUCUGGUGCACUACCUGGACCUGGCCAGCAAGUGUCCCAACCCUAAAUGUACCGGUAAGUAAAGGAGAGGGGACAAGUUUAGGUUACAUACUUAUGUACUAGCAUUUGUGAGUGGAGGAGGCUCGUCCAUGGAGGAAGAGGAGGCUGGUCCUCCUCAAUAAUUUCAGGAAAGAUUCAAAUAAAACAUAUUCAAAAAUCCUCUUUGUAAAUAAAAUCACACCUUGAGAUAUUUGUAUUGCUCUCAUAUUGUUGUGCAACUUGUCUCCUUCCUCUCAGGUGUGUACUUUGACUCGUGUGUGAGGCACAUCAAGUUUGUGGACUUCUGCGGGAAGUAUCGGCUACCCUUCAUGCACUACCUGUGCUCCCCAGAAUGCACCUCUCCCUGCAGCUCCAACCCGCAGAGCGACGCUGAGUCGGAGGACGAGAAGGGCGUGUCGGCCGACAGGCUGCAGAGAGUGCUUCUGGGAUAG